AUGGAUGCUCACGCUUCGUUUCAAGCUAGAGCCUUACCUCCUUUAGCUAAUAUACUAAUUAACAACACUGAUCCCGCCGUGACCGCUUCAGCUAUUGAUUUAAUUGCAAGUCUUGUAAAAGGUGGUCCUUCACCACUUCCAUCUCCGUAUAUUGAACAUGUAUUUCCACCAUUAAUGCAUCUAAUGCUGACAACCGAAGAUCGAAGCAUUUCGCAGAAUGGGGAAAUUUGCUUAAAGUACUUUGUACAAAAAGAUUGCACACGAAUUGCUGAAUGGACUGACGUGAACGGAAAAACGGGCUUAGAUUAUAUGAUACAAUUCAUCGCAAAGUCGCUUCAACCAACUGAAAGUGAAUCAGCGACUUUUUUUGGCGAUUUAGUUGUUAAGCUUAUCGAAAAGGCAGGGAAUAGACUUUUACCUGUCCUUCCAGAAUUGCUUAGAGCAGUCGCAGCGAAACUGGAAAGUGCUCGCACUGCAACAUUUAUACAGUCCUUGCUUAUGAUUUUCGCAUAUUUGACCCUUGACCAGAAAUCUACUGUAAUCAACUUUAUGAGUGAAUCGGUUAUUAAUGGGAAAAAUGGUCUUGAUAUAUUGCUUAAUGCGUGGCUUGAAAAUCAUGAUAGUUUUCAAGGGCACCAUAAUAUAAAAAUCAGUGCCGUUGCGUUGUCUGAACUUUUCCUAUCCUGUGAUCCGAGAAUACAAAAUAUUAAAGUUAAAGGUGAUUUAAUUAUAAAGCCAUCUUCAAAUCCGCAUCAAUAUGUUUAUAUUUCUGCAGCUAUAAAGAUUAUAAAAUUACUUGUAUCAGAUCUCCAAAAUGCAGCAGAAGGAGACAAUCUAAAACGAUCUGAAUUGGAUGACAUCUUAGAUGAUGAGGAGGCUAUCGAAACUGAUGAUGAUGAUGAUGAGUGGGAAGAUGUCGAAGAGCCUUCUCCAUUUGCUCCUUCAGAAGAUUACAUUGUUCUUUCAGAGUUUAAUAAGGCUCAAGAAUUUGAAGAUUUUGAAGACGAUUCUGAUAUUAAAGAUAAUCCAAUUUAUCAUACCAAUCUCAGAGAGUAUUUGGUGGACUUUUUCCGCCAUUGUGCCUCUCAUAAUAUCAACAAUUUUGCUGAAAUAUGUUCGGCACUUAACGAAGAAGAGCAACUUAAAUUACG